AUGUCGUUCACCUUUGGUCAGAGGUUGGGCAUCUUCUUCACGAUUGAGGGAUCGGUCCUUUCGGCAGUUUCGGUGACCUUCAUCCUGUUCUUCGCUCUCUACAAAUGGCUUCGGAGAACAGUUCGAACGUGGGGAAAGCCCGUAAUGCAACCGUCGGACGCGAGUGACUCCAGUCUUUUCCUUAACCUCAUGCUCGCGGAUCUCAUCCAAGCCAUCGGCAAUAUGCCCAAUAUUAAAUGGAUGGCCGACGCGGAAAUCACGGAAGGGCCUCUAUGCACGGCGCAGGCGGUUAUCAAGCAGAUUGGGAUAGUCGGAGUGGCAAUGACGUCUUUGGCUAUCGCUGUCCAUACAUUUUCCAUUCUGGUACUACGGUGGAGAGCGCCAAGGCAUAUAUCCAAGUUUGUGGUGGUUGGGGUCUGGGUCUUCACCGCACUCGUUAUCGGGAUACCGAACGCUGUGCACCGGAAUGAGAGGUAUUAUGGACCUACUGGAUAUUGGUGCUGGAUCGUCACAGAAUACAAGGUUGAGCAAAUCGUGACAGAAUACCUCUGGGUGUGGGUCGCUGGUCUGUCAAUGGCCAUUCUCUACACCCUGAUGUUCGUUGUCAUGAGGGGGUGGUUCAUCAUCGACAAUGGCAUCCACUGGCACAAGAAUUAUAACCCUGUACACCAUGGCGCUGCCGCCCCAGAGACAGAGGAGGAUAAAGAGUCGAAAGCCAUCGCCAAAAUGAUGCUGUUUUAUCCUGCCGUAUACAUCUUCAGCUUCUUCCCCAACAGCCUUGCCCGCUGGCUCUUUUUCAGCGGUUACGAAACGCCCUACCAAUUCUCUCUAUUUGCCAGUACGGUAUAUUCCCUCUCAGGGAUGUUCAACCUCAUUCUCUUCUUCGUCACCCGGCCUGCGCUUGUCGUUGGGCCUAACGUUACCUUCGAAGAGACCCUUCCACUCUCCCAAGCGAUCCACCGCAAGUCCUCGAGUCGUGGCACGAAGCGUCUAGGCCACCUCCCCGAUAUCCAUUACGACGCGUCGCCGGACGUUGACAUCGAGAAGCGCUCGGACGGGCCGGAUUUCGAUCCGCGGAUGUUCACGGAUAAGAACAACUUAUCAUAUUCGCCCGCGUCAAGGUAUGGGUCGUUGCCUACACCUACGCCGCCGCCUGGCAGGGGAAAUACGAUUGAAUAUCUGUCGGUUGAUCGCAACGGGUCAUAUCAGAGAUCGAAGGGAUCGUCGUCAUUGACGGAGGAAGAGGAUUAUGGGCACCUCCCCGGCUGA